AUGCCUCUUUUACCUCGCAUAAAAUCUUGCGUUCGCCGGAAAGAUAAAAUUACAAGGAGGCCAACCAAAGUAUAUUUUAACGUAAAAUUUACUGAUGCGUUUAAAUCGGAAAACCUAGCCUCUCAAUUAAAGAGCCUUCUUGUAUAUAUCGCUCGUGAGGGAGUAACAGUAACGGAUCUUUUUCGACGUCCUGGAAAUAUCCAAUCAAUUAGAAGAAUAAUUUCUGACUUAGAAGCAGGAGUUCCUGUAAACUGGAUGGAUUAUAAUUUUUAUACCCUCGCUAAUCUCGCAAAGCGAUUCCUGCUUAAUAUUGAUGGGGGAUUGCUUGGUAAAGAAUCUGAAAUGGCAUUAUUUGAUGCCCUUGAGGUCAAUGAUCUUGAUACUCGAAAUGCUCGUAUGAAAUCAAUAAUUACCUCCCAGCCUAAAACUGUGCAACAUUUGCUAACACUCUUAUUUGGAACGUGGUUUCGUAUGAUUUACCACACCGAGGUUAACGCAAUGUCUGUUGAGGCUGUCGCGAAAUCAGUGGCCGGUUCGAUCUUCCCCAAUAUGACAACUAGUGCAGAAAACGUUGAAAAGGCCUCAAAAGUCAUGGAAAUACUCAUAGUAGGUUUCGCUUCUACAGAAAUUUUUGGUCGUGAUCUUAUUGAUUACUUCACUCAAGAAACUGGUACAAGCAUCUCCAGAAUAGAAAAAUUUAAAUAUGAAUUUCGCUAUCCAAAGGAUGUUCCGAGGCAGUACUCACUUCAGAUGUUUCGUCAAAUGCUAAUUAACGAAAGUAGAAAACAUGGUUUUGAUAUUUUACAAGAUGAAGUUACCAAGGAACAAUUUGAGCAAGUAAACCAGACUAUGACACUGGAUCUCCCUGAUUAUCUCUUUCCUCCCAUACAACAAAGUGAAAGUGAGACAUCCGUAGGAGACAAGGGUGCAGUCUCUCGAAAUGCCAGUCUACGACUCCCCCUCUCAAGUCUCCAAGCCUCCUGCACAGCUUCCCCUGCCACCAUCGCAUUUCCCUCCACUCCUGUUCGUAGUAGCUCGGUUGUGGAUGAAAACGAUCCCCGUAGGUUUGAGCUCUUCACCUCCGUCUUGAUGCCUAUUUAUGUCAACUUGGUUCAUGUGUGCUUGUGUCUAGUCACUCUUACCUCUUUCUAA